GUGUGAACUGAGCUUUAAAAUGUGCAAAAUGAAGGUUUCUUGAAUAUGUAGAGUACGAAAAGUUGUAAUUAUGGAUAUGAGACCGAUUUUUGGCGGAUACCCGUUUCAAGGUCAAGGACGUGUUAACCAACUUGGAGGUGUAUUCAUCAAUGGUCGUCCUUUGCCAAAUCAUAUCCGACUGAAAAUCGUCGAAAUGGCAGCCGCCGGUAUCAGACCUUGUGUUAUAUCCAGGCAGUUGAGGGUAUCACAUGGUUGCGUUUCAAAAAUUUUAAAUCGCUAUCAAGAAACGGGAAGCAUAAGGCCGGGAGUAAUUGGUGGUUCUAAACCGCGAGUUGCUACACCUGAAGUGGAAAUGAGGAUAGAGCAAAUGAAGAAGGACAACCCUACCAUAUUUUCGUGGGAGAUCCGGGAGAGACUAGUUAAGGAAGGAGUUGCUGAUCCGCCCAGCGUCUCGUCCAUCAGCCGCCUUCUGCGCGGUGGAGGCCGUAGAGAUGGGGAUCCUGACGGCAAGAAGGAUUACACAAUCGAUGGAAUUCUCGGUGGUCGAGAAGAUGAAAGUGAUACCGAAUCAGAACCUGGGAUUCCGCUGAAAAGAAAACAGCGACGAUCAAGAACCACAUUUUCAGGCGAACAGCUCGAGGCGCUCGAGAGGGCUUUCAGUCGAACUCAAUAUCCCGAUGUCUACACGCGCGAGGAAUUAGCCCAACAGACCGGAUUAACCGAGGCCCGGAUACAAGUAUGGUUUUCCAAUCGAAGGGCUCGUUUAAGAAAGCACGUAGGCAACGGUAAUGCGACAGCCCUGGGCUUCGCCUCGCUUCCGCUGGCUAACAUGGCCUGCCAAUACCCCACAGACGGCACACAGCACGACUGGAGAAACGCGCAGUUUACAAACUAUAACAUGUUUCAGCAGUCUUCGUACAACGCGAACCACCAAGACAACAGAACGGACUAUUCGGCAAUAUUCGACGCGAACUAUGCUUUAGCUCAGGCCCAGAUGGCCCAGGCUUCGAAGAAGGAGGUUGACACGAAGGACGGCAUCUUGGGGACGAAUCCUGGCAUGAACAUGAGCUCCUCGUGGGGAAAGAACGGGGACUGGAUGAGCAUGCAAGAGAACGGUUCCGCGACUUUUAACGGUGACGUCUUCGGACAAGCACAGUAUUCGGCCCAUUCGGCCAAGAAUUACUGGGCAUAGCGCAGGCUUGAGCGGUUAGGUGCAUUAGGUUAAGAAAAGACUUUGUUGGC